AUGCGCGUGCUAGCAUUCAUCCCCGUUCUCGCGGCUGUCGCCUCCGCUGGUUGCACCCGUCGCAGCACACAAAAGCCAGCCCCUACUGGAACCGCCCAAGGCGAAGGCGGCGCCUGGUCCCAAUGCGGCGGCCCUGCUGAGGGCUCAUCCUCUGGAAGCGCGAUCGUCAAGGCCGUCCCACUCACCACUUCCACUUUCUCUUCUAGUGCCGCUCCUGUGACCACUACUCUCAAAUCCUCGAGCGCCCCAACCUCCAUUCGCUCAACGACCACGUCCUCUUCGAGCUCCGCUCCUGUAGCCACCACUGUCAAAACCUCCGAAUCGACCGUCCCGACCUCCGUCAGCUCAACGACCCUUGAAUCUUCCACUGGCACCCCCUCCGCCACAACUGUUCCUUCCAAUCCAAACCCGACCGUCCCGACCUCCGUCAGCUCAACGACCCUUGAAUCUUCCACUGGCACCCCCUCCGCCACAACUGUUCCUUCCAAUCCAAACCCGACCGUCCUGGAAUCAGGCUGGUAUUGGAUCCGUGCCGUCGCCGCUCCCAACUUCCACAAGUACCUUCAAGGUGGCGCCUCUUCGGCUGCUUCCUCCAACCAGACCGCCCUCCUUGAAGACCACACCACCGCGGGCCAAUUCAACAUCAUUGACGGCCAACUUGUGUUCAACACCAAGCCUGCUCAGCUUUACCUCAACGUUGAGAACCCUACCGAUAAGACACAGAGGAAGCUCAAGACCUGGUUCAGCACAACGAAGAACGCCUACGGCACGUUCAAGUUCCAGGGUGAUACCCUGACGUGGUCAGUGGCGGAUAUCAAGAGGCAGAAUGAAGCCGCUUGGUUGGUGUGCACGGGGCAGGAGGUCUUCAUCAACACGGGUGCGUACUUGUAUCAGACGCCGGCUGGGUGCUCGGAUCAGACUAUCCACUCGUAUGGUGGCUCGACUGCUGAUGUCUAAGAGGUUGAACAUUGGACGCCAAUGGUCUGCAAGUGGAAUGUCAGUUGGUAGUCUACAUCGGA